CUUACCUUUGGUCGUCAUCCUCCUCCGUCCACGAAGCACGAGUGUGGAAAAAGUUGCUCGUUGCUUCUUUGGUUCUGCUGCGAAGACCAGAGAGACAGAGAAGAGGUCAAACAUCUUCGAUUCUUUUGUGUUCUCUUCGUUAUCUUCUCACUCCACUUACGUGUUUGUUGAAGAGCCGGGUGAAAUGAAGACGUAUGUGGAACCCUUCUUCCUUCCUCUUCUCUUCUUGUGCUUCCUUUUGUGUUCUUUGCAUGGCUCUGCUGACACUCCCACCUCCCAACUCAGCCAAACCCAAACACGAAUCAUGGGGAUUCUCUCCCGGAGCCUCCACAGCUCCUUACCCAACGCUAAAUGGAACACGAGUGACCCAAAUCCUUGUCGUUGGAUAAGAGUCAAGUGCUCUUCUUCAGGAAACUCCUCGGUGGUCAAAAGCCUAGACCUCUCCGGCGUCGGCUUAUACACCGCCUUCAACUCCUCGUCGGCUGCCAGAUUCUUCGACCUACUCUGCCGCCUUGACUCUUUGGAGUCCCUUGACCUCUCUGCGAACUCUUUGACCGUCAUCCCCGGGUUCUUCUUCCCCAACUGCAGCUUCUUGCAUGGGCUGAAGUCACUCAAUCUCAGCUCCAAUAUGUUAUAUGGUGCUCUAACAAAUUUCUCGCGUUUCAGUUCUUUGGAGACGCUGGAUAUGUCUUUCAAUAACUUCAUUGGAGCAGUCGAUUCGCAGUUAGAUGGCCUCGCCAGAUUGAAAAGCUUGAAUCUUUCUGCGAAUGGCUUCACCGGAGAGAUGCCUGCUCUUGAGAAGAGCCAAGGAUUGGAGGAACUGGUUCUGUCUGCGAAUUCCUUCAAUGGCCAAAUCCCAAGUGACAUCGGUGGCCAUCAAAACCUGACCCUAUUGGAUCUAAGCCAGAAUGACCUCUCUGGGUCGACUCCAGAAGGGAUCGGGAAGCUCUCUAAGUUGGAGACGCUGCUCCUUUCUUCUAAUAAGUUGGGCGGGCUGAUCCCCAAAAGCUUGUCCAACAUCACGAGUCUCUCUCGAUUUGCCGCCAAUCAGAACCAAUUCAUCGGCAGCAUACCUUCCGGAAUUACCAAGUAUGUCAGGGUUUUGGACCUCAGCUACAAUAGCCUUGGCGGCGAGAUACCAGCGGACCUUCUCUCAGCUCCUAAUCUGGUGUCCGUGGAUCUGACAAACAAUAAGCUUCAAGGUCAUAUUCCUAAUAAUCUGUCUCAUAAUCUCUACCGAUUGCGGCUUGGUGGGAAUUCACUCAAUGGGACCAUUCCAGAAACGAUUGGGAAUCUCUCCAAUUUGACGUACUUGGAGCUGAAUGACAAUAAUUUGGACUCGCAGAUUCAUCCACAGAUCGGCGGCUGCAAGAAUCUGACGCUCUUAAAUCUUGCAUCCAAUCGUUUGCAUGGCGAAUUGCUGGAGGAGUUGGGUAGCCUUCAAAAGCUGGUUGUAUUGAAGCUUCAAAAGAACAACCUCAGUGGCGGCAUCCCUGAUAAGCUCUUCGAAUUGCAGGUCAAAUUGAACGUACUAGAUCUAAGCCUAAACUCCCUCACUGGUGUGAUCCCAUCCGCAAUUUCCAGAUUAGAGAGUCUUUCGAACUUGAUCUUAGAAGGUAAUAAUUUCGAUGGUUCUAUACCCGAUACCAUUGGUAACAUGCCAUCUCUGAUGGAACUGAAGCUGGGAGGCAACAGGCUGAGUGGAACAGUUCCUACAAUGCCUGCUAACCUGAGGAUAGCUCUUAACCUCAGUCAUAACUUACUCAGUGGAUCCAUACCACCCUCUCUCGUUGCUUUAACAGAAUUGGAGGUUGUUGAUCUCUCAGACAAUGGUUUUACUGGUGAGAUUCCAAGUUUUUUAGCAGGCAUGAGAAGCUUGACACUGUUAAAUCUGUCCAUCAAUAAUCUUUCUGGAAUUCGUCCUGCAUUUGGAAAGCAUGUUUCUGUCAUCACCUCUGGGAACAGGUAUCUCAUAUACUCAACCGAAAGCCAAAACACAUCCGGGUCAAUAAAAAAUAUCACCUUGGAUGAAGCGAUCGUCAUUGCAACGUUCAUCAGCGGUAUCAUCGUCUCCUACUCGGUGGCGACAAUCGUAUACCAUUGCUUGUAUCCGUCAAAAAAGAGAGACCAAACUGUAAGGAAUUCUAUUUUAGACGGGUCCUCGCCUUCCUUCAGGCUCUUCAUCGAAAGAGUACACAGACUCCAGCGUCAGGCCAUGUACGUAGAAAGUGAUGAUUCCGAACUCUCCUUGGCGACAGCAGAGUGAUGUCACCCACUUGCUUAGCUGUUCUCAGAAUCACCAUAUUCCACACGAAGUCUCUACUUAGCUGUAACU